UUAAUACUAUGACAGAGAACACGCAGUAUACUUCGCAUGAAUAUGCGGAUAUUCACGCACUUAAAGUGAAGACAGUGGCAACAGAGCGUCACGACAAUAAAAAAAUUUCGUCGACAAGUGUAGCCAAGUUUAGGCAACUGGAUUAUAAUGGCAGCGACAGCAACGUUGCGAGGAACAGCUGUUAUUGCCUUUACAAUUUUCAUAAAGAGCGGGACAAUUCACGAAAAGUUUAAAAUUAAAUAUAUGUAAAAUGGAGAAACUAAAAAAUUUAAAUAACUUUGUGAUUGCGAUUACUAAAAUAUCACAUAUUGUGCAUCUAGCAAACGAAACUUUCAAAAUGUGUAACAACAAUAGGAGAUGGUGGGUUCGUCCUGCAAACCAUACGCGAGAAGAGGAAGGCUUCUUCAGGACAUGCAUUCAGCAGUUGCAGCAAAAGGAUGAGGAGCAUUUUUAUAAAGUCACGCGAAUGACGGUCAAAAACUUCAAUUUGUUGCUGACACUACUGCAGGAGAGACUGCGCCGGUUCUCAAACAGAAAACCAAUAUGUCCUGAAACACGUUUGGCUUUAACAUUAAUGUUUUCAGCUCAGGGGUGCAACUUCAAUGUAAAUGCAUGGACAUUCAAAAUGGGUGUAUCUACUGUAAAACAAGUUAUUUACGAAACAUGCGACGCUAUUUGGAAUGAGCUUCAUGAUAUAUAUCUAUCUACUCCAAACCGAUCGGAACAAGUAUUAAUAGCUGAAAAAUUUGUUGUAAAAACUGGAAUGCCGAAUUGUUUAGCAGCAAUUGAUGGAAAACAUAUAAAUAUUGUCCGUCCAUCAAACAGUGGCUCCUUAUAUUACAACUAUAAGAAGACUUAUAGCAUUGUACUGCUGGCGGCAUGCGAUGCAAAUUAUGUUUUUACUUACGUAGAUGUCGGGGCUUUGGGAAGUCAGAGUGAUGGCGGCAUGCUCGCGCAAAGUGCUUUCGGAAAGAAAUUGUUAAACGGAACUUUAGAAGUGCCUCGUGAAGUUAAUUUGCCGGGAACAUCGUGCAGUUUUCCAUAUUACUUUGUUGGUGAUAGCGCAUUUCCACUUAAGGCCAAUUUAAUGCGACCUUUUCCAGGUAGUAAUUUGCCGGCAGAUAAGGAAAAGUUCAAUAUGGUACUAUCCAAAGCUCGGUUACACAUAGAGAAUUCAUUUGGCAUUCUAUCAAAUCGUUGGCGAAUACUUCAUACAAAUAUAUCAGCUUGCCCAAAGAAUGCAGACAAAAUAGUCUUAGCUACAGUCCUUCUACACAACUUUCUGAUGCUACAAAACGAUCGAAACUACUUCACGCUUGAGUUGGUAGAUCGAAAUGAAAAUAACCAAGAGAUUCAUGGCCACUGGAGAAAUGAAGUGAAUCCAUUAGAUUCUUGUCGUCAGGGAGCAGUAAACCGUUCUUCUUCAUAUGCCUUUGAAUUACGAAAUAUUCUUAAAGAAUUUAUACGAACAAGUUUUUAAACAUUAUGGUUUGUUUAUCUCACACAUACCUAAGCUUUUUAGCCUA